AUGGUCUUCUUAGAAUGCAAGCCGCUGAUCACGCAGACCAAGCAGACGAGCUGGACCGACGGCUCGGGCGUCCAGUACUCGGUCUGGGACGCCUUCAUCACCGCCCAGUCGGCCCCGCUCACCUCCGUUACCCUCUCGCUCGACGCCGCCACCGGCGCCCAGAUCGACCAGGUCUGGGAGAUGGUCCAGCCUGUGGCCGGCGUCCCGCUCUACACCCUCCCCGCGUGGCGCCUGCAGAACGGUGGCGUGCCGGCCGGCCAGACCCACCGGUUCGGCUACACCAUCCGAUCGGCCCAGCCCGCGCCCUUCGACCUCUCGAGCUGGUCCUGCUCCGGCGGCGGCAGCUCGCCCUCGGCUUCGCCCGUUGUUGCCCCGUCGGCUUCGGCCUCGCCUGCGGCCCCGUUGCCCUCGGCCUCGCCCUCGUCGCAGCCCUCCAACCCGUCGCCCUCGGCCUCGCCCGCGCCCCUCGGCGCAGUGUGUAGCGCGGUGCUGGUGAUCGACAACUACAUCGUGCGCAACCUGCCGCAGCUGUCGGCCGAGCAGAUCAAGGCCAAGUACCUGCCCUACUUCGAGGACGUGAGCACCUACUACGAGACCGCCUUCGGCAUCCGCAUCAACUUCGACCACGUCUACGUCGAGGCCACGGGCUCGUUCACCGACGCCCAGGACGGCGGCCAGCUGCUCGACGACUUCGAGGCCGCCCUCCAGCAGGGCCGGUUCGGCAACCCGACCGACGCCUGCCUCUACCACCUUCUCACCGGCCGCCAGCCCGCCGGCGUCGGCGGUCUCGGCUGGAUCGGUUCGGCUUGUGGUACUGGACCCGCGUUCUCCGUAGACGGCCAGGCCAACGAGGACCCCGAGCUCGUGAUCCGUCGCGCCAUCCACGAGAUUGGCCACAACCUGGGCGGCAACCACCCCGACGCCUAUCCGGCCGAGAAGGGCUACACGUGCUCCAUCAACGAGGACCGCGCCUACGAUCGCAUCCUCCGCUCUGACAAGACCCCCGCCUACAACUUCCUGAGCCCGACCGCGUUCAUCUCCGACUGCGCCUCGCAGAGCAUCAAGGCCAGCGUCCCCUCCUUCACGUGCAUGUGGCCCUUCGAGGUCAUCAACAAGAUCUAUCCCCGCGCCACCCUCUGCACGGAGCCCAAUGCUGCGGGCGAGUGCCUGAUCAUCGCGGCCACCUACGGCACGGCCCAGUGCUACAACGUGCUGCCCAUCAACGACGCGGCGUCUUCGUUUUCGAUCAUCGCCGGUGUUCGAGCCCCCAACGUGGUGCGCCAGCAGUACAGCUUCACCAUGCCCCCGGGCUUCGACAACAUGGUCACUUCCUUCAGGUUCAUUGUGCAGUAG